AUGGUGAAGCCACUCAUAGCUUCUAAUCCAUAUUCAUCGCCGCUUCUACUAGCUACUUAUGGAAUCAACAAUAAUUUUAAAGCCAUUGAUGUUCUCAAUCGAUGGAUAUGGAUGUUCGAAAAUGCUCGACAGUCCAAUGUUCGUAUAGUUGCCUUCGCAACUGAUUGUGAUCCUAGAUACUUGCUUGCGAUGCGUCUUGCUACAGGUUUUUUUGGAAGAAUUAACAAUAUGUCUAUAUGUGAUCGUCAGGAUGUUUUCGAUAUCGAUCUACCUAAAAGCUGGUCGAGCUGGUUUUUCAUGGGAACUCGUCAGCUGUUUUUCUGUUUUCAAGAUUCAAUACAUUUGAGUACUAAACUUCGCAAUCGUAUUCUUUCCAAAAAAGCAUCAAUGCUAAUAGGAAAAGAAGAAGUUUCUAUUGAAGUAUUAAUGGAAUUAAUUGAAAAGAAAUCAAAGCUUGCACAUGGACUUGUUAAAACUGAUAUUGAACCAAAAGACCGACAAAAUUUUUCGUCGUGUAUCAAACUUUCAAGCGAUGAUGUAUUCACUACUCUGGAGGACAUCGAAAAUUCUCAAGCAACACGAAUUUAUUUGCAUCUUUUACGUUGUAUCGUGUUAGCAUAUGUGGAGCAUGAUACAUCAAGCAUUAAUCGGAUCUAUUAUAGUUGGUAUGCAGUAUUUUUGUGUCGUAUAUGGAAAAAUUGGUUGGACAUAAUUGAUGAAAAAGAUAUUUUAGGAUAUAAUGUUGAAAAUAAAAAGGAUUUAUUUAUCACUAGUCCUGCACAUUUUUCAAUUGAGCUCAAUGCUCAUAGUUUGUUGGCAAUUUGUCUUCUAGUACAUCGACAUCAUAUGCCGAACUCUGCCCUAUUGAUAUCGAAUUACAAUUCGCAACCAUGCGAAGCUACUUUUCGACUUACAAGAUCAAUGUCAGGCGCUUUCUCAUCAGUAGUAAAUUUUACUACUAAUCAGUUUCUUAAACGAGCUGGCAAACUUUCGAUUUUAACGGAAUUAGAGAAUAAAAGUGAGUCUGGUCAAUCAGACUGUUUAUUGAAAUUUCCGAAGCAUCAUAAACGACGAAGAAAAGCUAUUUCAUUAAAUAAUCUGACGUCGUCUAUCGAUAUCAAUCUUCUCACGUAUAAUCAAAUUGAAACAACUAUUCAUCAAGCAUUUGAUGAUGCAUAUAAGACUCUCUCUAAAGCUGAUAUUAAUGCUGCUUUGGAAAAGAAAAAAAUAACUACUAUAAAUAAAGUUAGCUCAUUUAUAAAAAAUCAAUUUGAAAAAAAAAACAAAAAACUAUGUUAUGAUGAUAAUGAAACCUAUUCAUCUGAUGAUGAGCCAAGUGAAGAACUUGAAACCAACGUAAAAAUCAUAUUGAAUUCAGAUGAUGAGAACUCAUCUGAAGACGACGAGGAAGAAGAUCUACCAUCUAUUUCAGCAAGUGGAAAAUAUCGAUUUGAUGGAAUGAGAGUAAUUAAUUGA